AUGACUACUGCUACAUCAGCAUCUUUAGACGCGUUAGAGAAGGAGCUUGAAGUCCUAGAAAGAGUAAAGGUGUUUGAUGAAAAUAUAAAGGGUGGGUCGGAACGCAUCCUACAAGCGUUGCCAUCCCUUGAAGAAGAGAAGCACACGGAUACCAAAGUGCGGAUACUUCUUCUCCGCAGCCGGGCACGGCUUCUUCUUCCUUGCGUUUCAAAGGAGGCUGAGAGGGACAUUCAAACAGCGUUAAAGCUUAAACAAUGUUCCAUAAACACCUGGUUAGUUCUGAGCGAAUGCUAUCUGCGGCGUAACGCCUUUAAGGAGGCUUGUGACGCCUUGGAUAACGCUUUGCUGAUGGAUUCCAGCAACGCUGAAGCUUUGUGCAGGUACAGUCAAGUGCAGCGCAACCGAUGCAGCGAAAAGGGUGUAACAGAAGCUCAAAGGUUGGUAUUCUUGUCGGAUGCCGUAGCGAAAUCCCACAAAGCGGUGCAGGCCAACAUUGACAACCCUGAUGCUUGGAACUCUCUCUCUCUUUCGCUGCUUUCCAAAGCGGUAGCUGGGCGAGUUUCUUAUGACGCCAUACGAAAGGCGUUGUCUGCUAUUCAGCAGGCUAUCAAGCGUGCUCAGGAUGAUCCAGAUCUGCACUACAAUAAAGGUGUACUCGAAUGUUUGUCAGGUCAUUUUGGGACAGCAGCAGCGGAGGCCCUUCGCGCAAAUGAGCUGGAUGGCCAUCGACUUAAGGAUGCAAAGCGUUUAUGUGAGCAAAACGUUGAUAUCCUUCGAAAAGCAAUCAGCUGUGGCAAAAUUUUGAAGACCAUGAGGAAACGUGAUCUUAAAAAGUUUCUAGCAAGCAUCUCGGCAACAGUUAAGCGUCGUGCCAGUCACAAAGCCACCACAGAGUCAUCCUGGAUGGAUGUGGCGGUGGUUGAGGUGCUAAGUGAUUCCACAAUGCAACCUUUGGCGAUCUUAGCUGUAAAUGAAGGGUCCGACUUAUUCACAAUCUUACUGUAUGAAUUAAGCAGCUCAUGCGUUAAAAUUGGUGACAUCGUUUCAUUCCCAGCAACCAGUCAGCAUAUGGCGAUUUCACACGAAGUCCCAGCAAUUCCGUUCUUGCAGCUUGAUGGGUUUUCGACGUCUAUGGUUCACUAUUAUCCGUUUUUGGAGGCCACAUUGAUUAAUGAAAAGCCUAUUCCAAUAAAAAAUCGUGUUCCUGUGCAGAUGUGUUCUCGUCUUUUUGCUUAG